AUGCCGUCCCAAAACAUUCCUCCUCAGGGUCCGGCCAUCAGUGGGACUCAACGGGGACCGUUGUCGAGGCUCGAGAAUGUUGCUGUGGCAUCUCAUCCGGCCAAAGCUGCUGGCCCCGGCCAGCAAACACAGCUGCCCCUCAUCCCUGACGACCUGAAGUCGGCGUCGCACCACACUCUCGCGUCCCCGUCGGAGUGGCGAGGUACGCGCACCGCCCAGUCGACCCCAAUGCACAGCCGCGAGUCCUCUACCGUUCGUGGACGAGCCGCCGACCCUUCCACCCUAGCCCCAACCCUCCAAGCCCGCCGCGGCCACUCCGGUUCCAAGAGCCCCGACGUUUCAGCAGGCCGCCCGGCAGGAUAUGACGUGGGAUUGGAAAGGCGACCGUCCAACUCGUACGGCCACCAUCGCCAAACCUCCAUCGUUCAUGGCAUGCAGCAUUCGCGCAAUCCAAGCAUGGCCGGUUCGACUGCUUCCGCUAGCCCGCUGAGUCCGGAACUGAUUGCCUCCCUUGGUCGCAGCGGCUUGGACGAAGCUGGCAUACCCCAAAAACUGGAUCAGUUGGAUCCCCAUCCGACUUAUCAGAGCCCGGUGGGAAUGGCGGCGAGCCAUGGACCGCAAGGGACGCUGAGUACCAUCCAGGACAAUGACACCGACGAACUGAUGGAGAGGAGUCCGGCAAGUGUUGUUCACAAACGGAUGAACUCUGGUGGAGGAGUGGGCAGACGCGAUCGAUCCCACAGUCGCUCCCAUUCGAAGCAUCAUUCGGAAUCAAAGACUGUGGGGGAGUAUGCGUUACAUCACCUGUUCAACUCAUUUGUCGGUAAGGCUGAGAGUAAGAUCAACCAAGCCAUCUUGAAGCUGGGAGAAUCGGAAGCUCCGGUGGAGGAGGUAUGCGGACCUGGCGCGGACCCGAGUUUCGAUCAGUUGAUAUCGGCCUUGGGACAUAUCGCAAGACAGAAGCCAAAGCCACUGAUUGAUACCAUCAUGCUGUGGCGAAAAGGCAAGGGCGACGCAGCUAUCACUGCAAGGCACAUGACGAACGAGCUGCCGAAGCCAGUGGUAACAGAAAAUGGAGUUCUCAUGCGUCGCAACACUGAACCAACUCAGGUUCCUGGCGAUCAAUCUGCCUCCGCGGAUCGUCCGCAACAGUCAACUCCAUUCCUCAGUCGCCACGAGGACGUCGCACUGGUGGAACGCCGUGCCACUGUCUCUGUCUACCUGGUCUGCAGAGUCUUGAUCGAGAUCUUCAACCAGAGCAGCCUCGCCUCAAUCACCCUUGACAUGGCCGAUCGUCUGGAAGACAUUAUCUUCGGUCAAAUCAAAACAGUCGACCCAGAUCAAAUUUCCGCAUCCCCCCUUCGCAUGGCAAAUUGGAGGAUCUACGGCCAGUUACUCGGAAUCAUGAGUGAACUGAACUUCUCAAGUGUCGCCAACCGUUUUCUGACAGAGCUGGACAAGUAUCAAAAGGAAGAAGUGGCCCGGGGCCCCUCACGCGACGGUGAUGCGAAAGCCGAGCUGCUGAUUCUGGGCAUGAGAAACCUGCGCAUACCAACGUCUCCCGAAGGCUGGCCCAAGUCUUGCGAUUUCAUGCGGUCUGUGGCCCGCUUGUUCGUCAAUGCCCACGGCCAGCGAAUCAAGCAAGCGUACUGCUACGUAAUUGAAAAGCUUCUGCUUCCUGUGGCCGCAAGCCCGACCACCGACUUCUCACUCCCUCGGUGGAAGGAGUUCUUGGACCUGGUUCAGCCGCGUUUGGUGCAGUUGCUCACAAAGCCUCGGCAUUGGGCUGCUGCCUUCUCCUUAAACGUGUUGCUGCUAUGUAUAUCCAACAAGGAGACUUUUACCUCCCAGUGGCUCUCGAUGAUCUCGAGUCUGCCCGCGCGCCUCAAGGAUCGCCCCACUCGCGCUCCAGCUUUGCAGGCCAUUUGCCGCCUCGUCUGGACCUACUUCUUCCGCUACUCCGACUCUCCCACAAUAGCCCUGCGUAAGGUGGAGGAGGUGGCCAAGAUCGCCCUGCCCAUGGGCAAAAGGACGUACCUCAGUGCAGAGCCGCCCUUUGCGGACCCCCUGAUUCAACUCAUCCGGAUGAUUGGAUUCAAGCAUCCCGAUGUCUGCUUCCGGAACAUCAUCUUCCCACUGAUCAACUCGGACUUGUUCCUCUCCGGCCGAGAGUUGAAAAUUGAACAAAUGGAGCCAGAAAAAAUGGUUAUUGGUAUUCGCGCCUUUUUGGCCACCAUGACCGAUCUGGAGACCAGUGACCAGCUCUGCCCUCCGUUCCCGACGGGCUCCCUCCCGAAUCCCUUCAUGGAUAACUCGACCCCUGCCUACUUCCAUCGCUCGCAGCUGCUGGCCGAGCCCAAGGGGGGAGCUGCCGCUCAAAAGCCUGGCCCUUGCUCACCAUGCCCAGUCAACAUUUCCAGACUGAGUGAUAAUGUCAAAGAGUACUACCUCCGCUUCUGUGAGGUCCUCGGCAAGAUCACAAUUCUAUGUGACAACACAUUUGGCGGGCAAGCAGCCCUGGACGAAAAGUUCGGCGGAACAACUCCGAAAACUCCCAUCACCGAAGCAUUUGGCUUUGGACGGCGCGAUGACCAUUUGAGCACCCUAGACCAAAAACAAGGGUUCUACGAUCUCCUUCACGUCGCAGUGCAAGCCCUGCCUCGCUGCCUCUCCGAUCACAUCCCCUUCAACUCUCUUAUCAACCUCCUUUGCACUGGAACGGCUCAUGUCCAGUCUAACAUCGCCACAUCCUCGGCGGAGUCGCUCAAGGCGAUCGCCAGACAGUCUCAUGCUCAGCAAGUCACCAUCGGAUUUGCUCGAUUCAUCUUCAACUUUGAUGCGCGGUACUCCACCAUGUCCGACGAGGGUAUGCUUGGACCGGGACAUAUCGAGUCUACACUCCGGCUCUAUGUAGAACUGCUCCACAUUUGGAUCGACGAGAUCAAACAGAAGACCAGGGAAGCUGCCUCGGAUCAGCUUGAGAAGUCCAUUUCUGGUAGCCGGGCUUUGCAUCUCGAUCUUUCCAGUGUACUCGCGCAUGUCGAGGAGAUCGAAUCGCAUGGACUGUUCUUCUUGUGUUCUCAGUCUCGACGAGUCCGCGCCUUUGCUAUCAAUGUCCUGCGACUGAUCACGGAAUUCGAUAGCGCGCUGGGCAAGGAGAACACGCGGAUCAUUAGGAUUCUCGAGGCCGAUUCCCAGCAGAUCCUGGAUGUGAAUGAUGAGCAACUCACUGUUGCCGAACGAAGCCGCAUUCAAAAGGGCAAGAGGCGGAGCGCAUCCCAGAAUACUCUCAUCGAACUCUGCAGCAGUGAGGUCUCCUACGAUUCCACCCUGUGGGCCAAAGUGUUCCCGAAAAUCGUUCGGGUUAGCUUCGAGACUUGUCCCUUUGCCGUGACUUUGGGUCGAGAGAUAGUCUGUGCACGCCUUGUUCAAAUGCACAAGAUGAUUACCUCGCUGGCUGAACGGACCAGGCCUCAAUUCUCUCCUAGUGAUGUCUACCAGAGCCGUCCGCUCGGCCGGAGCAACAUGACCGCGGAGAUUCUUGUUGAGCAAUGGAAACUUUACCUGGUCAUGGCCUGCACGACUGUAACCAGUGUUGGAGCUCAGUCUCAGAGUCAGCUGGCGAACGCUCAGCAUGCGCGCAAAGCUUCGAAAGGAGCUCAGUCUUCCGAUAAGAUCAGUUCCGCCCGAAGUCUGUUUGCGUUCGUAAUUCCUCUCCUCUCCGCUGAGCGGGACUCCAUCCGAAAUGCCAUUGUGAUUGCUCUCGGCGCUAUUCACAAAAACCUUUAUCGUACCCUUCUGGAGUCUCUGCAGUAUGCAGUCACCACCUGCAACGAAGAGGCGAAGAUACGCAUUGGCACCCACCAUCGCACCCCUAGCAGCCCUCAACGAAACCGAAACACUGACCGGUUGCGCACCGAAGUCACCCAUGUCUACAAACUCACGUCUCACUUCCUGCGGGAGCCGGAGGUCUAUAACGACGACUGGAUUAUCAAUAACAUAAUUACUUAUGCCAAGGACAUCCGUAUCUUCUUGAGUGAUGCCGAGGUCCAGAAUGACUGGGAAUUCCAGCGUCUGCGUUUCCACUACUGUGGCCUUAUGGAAGAGCUGUUUGAGGGCGUCAACCGCACCAAAGAUCCAUCCCGGUGGAUUCCUUUCGAGUCCAGAAAAUCCGCGUUCUCGCUUAUGGAAGAUUGGUGCGGUUACUCGCCCAAUCAAGCCCAAAUCUCCGAGCGAGAAGAGAACAUGCGCAAGUUCGCCAUGACCCAGCCGCACGAGGGCGGCGAGAUGAGAAACGCUGCUGCCGCGAUGGAAAUUGAGAAGAAGAAUCUUCGUGCAGCGGCAUUGAGUGCGAUGGCUUCUCUCUGUGCUGGACCGAUUAGCAUUACUACCGAGAGUGGAUCUGUGCUCCAAUUCGACGUGGGUCGUAUGCUGUCUUGGAUUGAUAUUAUUUUCAACACCAUUAGUGACAAGUGGCACUCAAUCGGCCGCCGUGCGCUGAAGAAUCUCAUCAUCCACAACCAAGAGCAUUCAUACUUGAUGGAGCGGUCCAUCGAAAUGUGUUAUGUAACCGAGCGCCCCAAGUCGCUUGAAAGUUAUUUUGAGGUGUCCACAGAGGUGCUCAUCGAGUAUCCAGACUAUCCCCUUCAAUUCUGGAGAAUCCUCGGCGCCGUACUGGUCACCCUCGGCAGCCAAAAACGCGAGAUUCGAAUGAAGUCUGCUAAGCUCCUUCGGAGACUCGAGGAGCGACAGCAGAAGAGCUCCCGUCUCCAGGACUUUGACAUCAGUAUCUCAGAUAAGACUACGGCAGUGUACAAGCUUGCGCAGUUCGAGACGUCGAAGCGACUCGCCAACCAGCAUUCUGAUCUGGCAUUCACUAUAUUCUCUGAAUUCUCGCUGCACUUCCGGAAUCUGCGCGCGGAUAGUCAGCGAAAUAUGGUUGCCGCUGUCUUGCCUUGGGUGCAGACCAUGGAGUUGCAGGUGGAUCCGAAUGGUGGUCCAACGGCUUGGUCGUAUAUGCUGCUUGCUAAUCUUUUUGAAAUUACCAUCCGCUGCAGCACUAACCUGCCGAACCAAGUACAAGCUUUGUGGCAAGCCCUAGCCACAGGACCCCACGGAGGAAACGUCCAGCUCGUGCUUGAUUUCAUCAUCAGCCUUUGCUUAGAGCGCAAGGAGCAGAAUUUCGUGGAAUAUGCCAAGCAGGUCGUCGUCUUUCUGGCAGCAACUCCGGCCGGUUCCAAGGUCAUCGAAUUUUUCCUUCUGCUGGUUAUUCCCAAGAACAUGGUGCAGGAGCGUAAAGACCUCACCCCGCAACCUUCAGACGUCAAGAGUCUGCCAUAUGUCGCUGACCUGGGCACGGUGCUUCCCGUUGGCAAUAAGCAGGCUGGUCUUUCUCUCGGACAGGUGGCUCUCAUCUUCCUUGUUGAUCUCAUGGUGGCCCCUGUCACUCUCGCUUUGGAAGAUGUGGUCAAACUUCUUCAUGUGGUACUCAUUCUUUGGGACCACUAUACCGUUACCGUGCAAGAGCAAGCCAGAGAGAUGCUGGUUCACCUCAUCCACGAACUGGUUGCAGCCAAGUUAGCCGAUGACGCUCCGGCGGACGCUCGCCAAUGUGUUGAGGACUUUGUCGAGUCUAUUCGCAAGAGUGACAGCGGUGUUGUCUGGGAGUAUGAGGAGAAUCAGGGCAGGGAAGAAGAGGCUGACGAUCGCCGCGUACCUCUGGCCAUGGCCACCGUCACGCGGGACGUAGUCAAGUUCUUCAGUUUCGCUUAUGAAGGGGUGGGUGAUCUCUGGGCCAAGGAGGCGCUGAACUGGGCGACAUCCUGCCCAGUGCGGCAUCUAGCAUGUCGCUCCUUCCAGGUUUUCCGGUGCAUCUCAACUUCCUUGGAUUCGCGGAUGCUGGCGGACAUGCUGGCUCGACUGUCGAACACCAUCGCGGACGAGGAGGAGGACUACCAAACGUUCUCAAUGGAGAUCCUCACCACCCUGAAGAUUAUCAUCAGCUCUCUGGCUCCAUCGGACCUUUUGCAUUACCCACAGUUGUUCUGGACGACUUGUGCUUGUCUCAAUACAAUCCAUGAGAGUGAGUUUAUUGAGAGUCUGGGCAUGUUGGAAAAAUUCCUUGACCGAGUUGAUCUGAGCGAUCCCGCUGUGGUGACGCAGCUCCUGGAAGGCCAGCCACCGAAAUGGGAGGGUGGGUUCGGCGGUCUUCAGGACCUUGUCUUCAAGGGCCUCAAGUCGUCUGAGUCAUUCAAUCGUACAUUGGACGUGCUUCAUCGCCUGAGUGGGCUUCCGAAUAACGAGCUCAUUGGGGAUGGUACUCGACAGUUGUUCACUAUUCUGGCGAAUCUCCCUCACUUUCUCGAGUGCUUUGAUCAAGGAUUUGUGGAUCAGAAGCCAAUUCUGCAUGCCAGCUUGCUUGCCCGAGUUGCCGAGAAUGAGCGCUGUCCUCGACUCGCUGCAUCACUGUUUGGGUUCGCCAACCAGCAGUACAAGACCGAGGGUGUCUUCUUGGACCACAUCAUCACCGAGAUCAAGUCAUACUAUUUCCCACAACUGGAUUUCCAGUGCUUGAUCUUCCUCAUGGGCCUUCUCACCAACACGACCGAUUGGUUCCGCGUCAAGACGAUGGAGAUCCUUUGUGUAUUGAUUCCCGAAGUCGAUAUGCGCCGGAACGAGGUUACCUGCCAUGGCCCAGACCUUAUCUCUCCAUUGCUGCGUCUUCUCCAGACCAACUUGUGCCCCCAAGCGCUCGGUGUUCUAGACAAUAUCAUGACCGUCUCCGGAAACCCGAUGGAGCGGCAUCACCUCCGCAUGAGUAUGGCGUCAGCAGUCACAUCUCGGGCCAUUCGCAAGGAGUACGAGCGCAUUCAGAGUCUCUACGGUAUUCCGGAGGAGACUGGAUGGUCGGUUCCUAUGCCCGCGACACAGUCAAGCAUGACCCGCAACAAUGUCCACGCUGUUUUCUACACGUGCGCCGAGGCGGAUGACAUGAAUGUGGAGGAUGCCAUGACGCCUGAUGUCGAAUUCAGGGCCGAUGAAUUUAAGGACUCGUUCUUCCCCAUGAUGAGGGCGGAUACCAUGAAGUCCAUCGAGACCCAGACCGAUGGAAAUAUGGGUGACAUCGUUCAAAAGCUAGACAGCCUGGAUGACUUCUUUGAAGAGACAGAAUCUAGCGUACCGUCUCUUCAUCCGGUGGCCCCACCAAUGCUGCGCGGUUUCACGGGGAGUUAUGUUGAUACCAAUGCUCACUUGUAUGACCAGCAGACAGCGCCCAUUCUGCGCAAGUCUCUCGCUCGAACGGGCUCCACCUCAUCUUUCCACAACGGCCUGGCCGAGUCCCGUCCUGCUAAUUUCCGCUUUGACGGACCUGGCAUGCACUCCCCUGUGAACCCACCGCCCCACAGCUCGCAAACUCUCCGUCCAGGUUCUCAUACUCGCUCUGUCACCUCACCCACAAACAACCUCUACGUCCACACUCAGCAACCAAUUCCGCAUGGCACACCGCCAGUGGCUCUGCAUGAGCCUGCCUUCUUCUCAGAUGAUGAAAUCGAAGAGACACACUCAGACUUCGACGACCGCUCAUCUGGCAAACGAGCGCUACAUUCCCCGAUAACACCCAUGGUGCGCAGCGCGACGGAUGGCUCCCACUCUCUCGAGUCCAUGAUCCGCAGUGGCAUGCGCCGUCUCACCGGUGGUGCAGCGAACAACCGCGAGAAAGAACGCCAGCGGGACCAUCUCCGCGCGCAGCAUCGCGCCAUGGUCCAGACAGCGAACUCACCCCGCGUCCCUAAAGUACCGGAGGAGUAUCUUGCAGGCCCAACGAGCCACCCUGCAUCCCCGAGGUCAUAG